UAUAGAUGGAUUGGGCGGGUGUACAUAAGUAGUGUAAAGAUGGCGUCGACGGUGUGUGUGUCUAGGUGCCGACUUUUAGCUAAAUUAGAAAUAAAUCGUGGUUUGUGUUUAUCACCAAUAUUACGAGAUUUGUCAAAUAACAGAGAAUCGUGGUGUCGGCGAUGGCGGCCAACGCGUCGUUCGUUUUUCACAGGCGUAUGUUUGCAUGGAUCCAAAACGGCACCUACAAAACUGGAUCCCGAAAAUUCUGACGAAGUGUUAGUGACGUACCGGCGUGGUUUACCGGUGAUAACAGUGCCGCUGCCGUCUCGUCGCGAACGCUGCCGGUUCACACUUCGCCCUGUUUCGCAGACCGUCGGUGACCUUCUCGAACAGGUUAAGGCGGAAGAUCGCGGCGUGGAGCGUGCGGUCGCGCUCGCAGCGGAUGAACGGGUUCGCAUCGCGGCCAGCGACACGGUCGAGUCGUUAUUGGAAAAUGACUUCCGACUGCUCAUAAAUGACACCGAGUACUACGUUAAAAGUCCACCGCAGGAACGCCUAAGCAAUGAAGAGAUCACCAGAUUGAGCGACGUACGUAACCUCGUCAAUCAAUUGUAUGAAGCGCUGAAUAUGCGUGAACACCAGAUUCGUAAGGAAAGGGAACUCCGAUCGCAGCUGGAAAAGUUAUCCGCUGAACUGCAGCCGCUUGAAGAGAAACGCAUGUCCCUAGAAAUGGAGACGACUCGCCACACAUCUGCUCUGACCUGGGUGGGUCUGGGUUUGAUGGGCGUGCAAUUUGGAGUUUUGGCGAGGCUCACCUGGUGGGAGUACUCUUGGGACAUAAUGGAACCCGUCACGUACUUCGUUACGUAUGGCACCGCUAUGGCUGCCUAUGCGUACUUCGUUCUUACUAAACAGGAAUACAUACUGCCAGAUGUAAAAGAUAGACAGCAUCUUCUUACUUUGCACAAGAAGGCGAAAAAGAUUGGACUUGAUAUUGUCCAGUAUAACAAUUUGAAAGAUGAGAUGGAUAAGCUCCAAAAGGACCUUGCGCGUCUCCGCGACCCCCUGCACAUCCACUUACCUCCAUCAAACACAUACAAGAUAGACGACAUCAAACGAUCACCCUUGACCAAAAUAAAGGACAUGCUAGAAGGGACGACCAAGAAGAUGAAAAUCACGUAAUACACGUUGUUUUAAUCGUUGUAUGACAUUUUAGGUAGAGCUUGUUGAUUCUAUUUUGACCGGUGCAUUUUAAGUUUGAACGUUGAACUAUAUAGUACUGAUAUUGAGUUAGCACUGAACUACGAACUGUAUCUUUUUUUAUAAAGAAUGGCUUACGUAUGUGUAGGAUUUCGUGACAUAUUUUACAAUUUACAUAUUUAUAAAACAUACGUGACAUUGCAUUGAUAGAAUGAAGUAGGUAUGUUUUAUAAUUCAUAAAAUAAUUGAAAAUGU